AUGGCCGUUCUCAGGAAUAUUGUCCUUGCGGCCUCGCUGAUCGCUCCUUUUGCGCUGGCUGCUCCCAAACUCGAUGAACGCGCCAUUUAUACUCACACUUACACCGAAAUCGCCUGGGUGACUGUGGAAGAAACCACCACGGUCUGGGUUGACCCAUCUGAUCCCACUCCCGCUCCUGUCGCCACACCCGAGACCACCAGCUCGGCGCCACCAGCGGUCUUUGCUCAACCAACUUCCACUCCUUCGACCUUCGCAACGGUCGUUGCUGUUCCAUCGGCUGCCACUUCUUCAUCUCUCGUUGAUUCGUCACCGUCGUCUUCUCCAUCGGCACCGGCACCGGCAUCGCCCUCCACGGACGCUACGCCAGAUCCUGCUUCUGUAAAUGUUCAAUCAAAGGACAUUGUUGCUUCGCCAUCAGGUACUUGCGAAGGGGAAGGGAAUGCUUGCGUCGGCGAUGUGACCCAUUGGGAUGGUGGCCUCGGUGCAUGCGGCUGGAAUGUUGACUCCAAUAGCCAAAUGUCGAUUGCUCUGCCGUAUGCCUUCAUGGGAACUCAAUCCAACGGCAACCCCUACUGUGGUCGUUCGGUCACCUUGUACAAUCCCGACUCCGGGACCACCGUCCAAGCCACCGUUGGUGACAAAUGCAUGGGGUGUGUCGAUCGGGCGAUUGACUGCACCAAUGUUCUGUUCAGUGCUAUCACCGACGGACAAGGUGAUGGCCGUAUGAGCGGAAUUGAAUGGUGGUUGAAUUAG